UCUCCGGGGUAGAGCCCUGUCCCUGCUGCCUUCCAGGGCGAGGGAGAGAGCGAGGUUGGCUGCGGACGGUACAGAUCAGCCAGGGAACCGAGUCGGUCUCUCUCUCCCUCUCUCUCUUUCCCCCUCUUCCCCCCUCCUUCUGUUGCACACCACACACACACACACAUACACGCACACGCGCACACGUACACACACACACACACACGCAAACACUCAAAACUCGGACCGGCCGCACCGCGGCUGCUCCAAUCCUUGCAAAAGGCGAGCGAGCGCCCUCCGGUCCGCGCUCGGCUCACCCCGCUCCGGCUGCGCGCCCGACGCAGCGCUAAGUCCCGGUGCCCCGCGCGCCCGCUUCGGCCGGGUGUUCCCGAGAAUAAAGCGGGGAGGGAGGGUACAGACAUCAGAAAACACGCCAGCUACACACGCCGCGACUUCAGCUCUGGCUGGGAGUCCGAGGGGAGCCGGCGCCGGCAGCGCCCUGCGCGGGUGAGGUCCGCGCGGCCGCCGGGGAAGAGCCCACCUGCCGGCCCGCGAUCGGCCGGCGCCAAGAGUGGGGCCCAUCGUGGUCCUGCUCGGGCAGCGUCCGGGCUCCGGGCGCCCUCGCCCCAGCUAGUUGGGAGUUUCCACCCUCGGCUCCGCCGCUGGAGGGACCUCGGAGGCACCCGGUCCGCGCCUCGGAGGGACCUCCCCGCCUCCUCCCAGGACGCAGCAGCGGAGCGGACCUCGCGAUGGCCGGGGCGCGCGGGCUGCUCCGUCUGUGGCUGGGCUGCUUGUGUGUGAGCCUGGCGCAGGGACAGAGACUCAGGCAGCCCUUCCCGGAGCUCCGCGUGGCUGUGCCGGGCGACCGCGCGGCAGGUGGCGGCCCCGAAUCCCCGCUGCAGCCCCUCGACCAGCUGUCGGAGCACAUGCUGAGGCUCUACGACAGGUACAGCGGCGGCCGAGCGGAGGCGGCGCGGACGCCGGGGGCCUCGGAGCGGGGCUCGUCGCCUUUGCGCCCCCAGCUGCUGCGCGAGGGCAACACGGUCCGCAGCUUUCGAGCCGGAGCCGCAGGAACCCUUGAAAACAAGGAACUACAUAUUUUUAACCUGACUUCUCUAACUAAGUCAGAAAACAUUUUAUCUGCCACACUGUAUUUCUAUAUCAGAGAGCUGAUAAAUAUCAGCCUGAGUUGUCCUGUGUCCCAAGAAUGCUCACAUCAUGCCCAGAGGAAACACAUUCAUAUCGACCUCUCUGCAUGGAUCCUCAAAUCCAGUGGAAACCAAAGUCAACUCCUGGGUCAUCUUUCGGUAGAUGGAGGGAAACCUCAUCGAGACUUUGUGUCCUGGCUGUCGAAAGACAUCACCCAACUUUUGAGGAAAGCCAAGGAAAACGACGAGUUUCUCAUAGGAUUUAACAUUACUACCAAAGGACACCAGCUGCCAAAGAAGAUGAUACCCAGUCCUGAGCCUUAUAUCUUGGUGUAUGCCAAUGAUGCUGCCAUUUCUGAGCCGGAGAGUGUGGUGUCAAGCUUACAAGGACACCGGAAUUUCCCCACUGGAGCUGUGCCCAAACUGGACGGCCACAGCAGGGCUGCCCUUUCUAUUGAACGGAGGAGGAGGAAGCGCUCUGCGGGGGUCCUUCUGCCUCUGCAGAACAAUGAGCUUCCUGGGGCAGAAUAUCAGUACAAGGAGGAUGGGGUGUGGGAGGAGAGGAAGCCUUACAAGACUCUUCAGACUCAGCCCCCUGACAAGAGUAAGAACAAAAAGAAACAGAGGAAGGGACCUCAACAGAAGAGCCAGACGCUCCAGUUUGAUGAACAGACCCUGAAGAAGGCAAGAAGAAAGCAAUGGAUUGAACCCCGGAAUUGUGCCAGACGAUACCUUAAAGUGGACUUCGCAGAUAUUGGCUGGAGCGAAUGGAUUAUCUCCCCCAAGUCCUUCGAUGCCUAUUACUGCUCUGGAGCGUGCCAGUUCCCCAUGCCAAAGUCUUUGAAGCCAUCAAAUCAUGCUACCAUCCAGAGCAUAGUGAGAGCUGUGGGGGUUGUUCCUGGAAUUCCCGAGCCUUGCUGUGUGCCAGAAAAGAUGUCCUCACUCAGUAUCUUAUUCUUUGAUGAAAAUAAGAAUGUGGUACUAAAAGUAUACCCAAACAUGACAGUCGAGUCUUGUGCUUGCAGAUAACCUGGUGAAGAACUCAUCCGGAUGCUUAACUCAAUCAUUAGUUUAUUUUUAUGGACUUUUUUUGCACUGCCAAUGCAUUUCAUUUCAAAAGAUUUUUCAGUAGUCAAAGGCGAAUGGGCAAAUAGACUGAUGAUUUCCACCAAGGAGAACUGGACUGUAUUUGUUUCUGAAUGUAACUCAAAGCAAGAUUUUAGUAAAUAUGGACAUCUUUUUCUUUAAAAAAAAUAAUUACACAAGAAAAACAAUCACUCAAACUGUUUUUAGAACUGUUAGAGAACACACUGAUUUAUUUUUGUAACAGGUUUUGAAAAUAGAUUGGAAACAAACAAGAGCUUAUCAUUGAUCUCUGCUCACAGAAACAGAAUAAUUUCAUAUUUUAAAGCAGGCUUCUUAGAUUCCUGAGCAACUUAGCAAGUGCUAAAUAAUUCACUCAGCUUUGAUGUUUAUCUUAAAUUUGUGGAGACUAUUGUUUACCUGUGUUUUUCUUUACAGAUCCUUGUGUGACUGGCUGAGUGGAGGAUGUGUGCUGAGUGUCGGUGUGUAUGGAUGUGAACACAUUCCCAGGGACGUGUGCCCUCUUUUGGAAGAUUGGCUUAACGUGAUUUUAUAAUGCAGUCUGCAUGGGAUUCUUGGUUUUUUUAUUUUAUGUUCUGACAAGCUUCGUUCACUUAUGAGAAGUUUAGCAAAAUGGAUAGAGUGAUCCAAGAGGGUAUGCAAGAGUUACCACUUUCCUCAGCCAUUUAUUUGGAAAUACUGAUGUUUUCAUUUCAUGGCCUUCACAAGAAAGGCAACCAGCAACCCAAUUUUCAAAAACCCAGAUCUAAUUAUUUUUCUGUAUCUCUCUUCCACAAGUGCUUUCAUUUGUUCUUUUAAACUGAACUUAAACAUGCAAGUAAGUGUUUAAUUCUCUUGAUAUACCUUUGCUUCUUAUAAAGUAAUCAACAGAUACCAAGGCUCACUGGAUGGACUAUUGGAGAUUUAAGUGACCAAUCUAAUCACAAUCAUAAGUCCACAUCCUUGUUCACCUAUGUCCACGUCCAGACACUUUUUCACGUUGAUCACGGCUUUUGGUUCAGACAGGGAAUCUAUUCUUUAGUAAAGCUUACUAUAAAUUAUCCAGCAAGAAAGGGAGUUGAAUCUAUACACUUACUGGUUUUUUUUUUCCCUAUUUCCAUUUGUCAUAAAUAUCUCCUCUCACACUUUUGCCCUCGAGAAAUUAUUUCAAAAAUCUUUUCCUCGCUCUGUUUGUGUGUGUGACAGAAAUGUUUUCAGACCAUGGAUUGUUGUUGACAUUCUCUCUGUGGUGAAUUCUUAUCUAAGUUCAGUCUGACCUGAUUAGAGUCAACUAAGCCAUUUCAGAGGCUGUGAAGUUAUCAGAAGACACAGAAGACAUGGAGUUUUGUUCUGUCUCUGCCUAUAGUUAGUUAUCUGUGGUAGUUCGUAAUUUCAUGUUAACUGAGCAUCUACUUUGUGAAAGACAUACAAGUGUCUUCAGUGGUAAAAAUAAAGAGGCAGACUAGUUAAGCUGGAAGGUCCUUCUGCCACCGAAAGUUUGGGUUUAUAGUAGUUGUUACGUCACACAUGUCUUCCUUGAAUGGGUGGUAAUGACAGAGCUAAAAACCUGCAAGUAUGUCUGUUCGUAAACCAAAGGCAGAAGCAUCCUGUUCUUCCGUGUAUGCCAAUAUGACAUUCCCUGUCAUUUAAAUAGUAUUUCUGUCUUAUUGGAAACCCAUUAAAAAGAGUACCAUGAAAAGACACUCUUUGACACUUUUGGAAUGUGUGUUGACUCCAUGAAUGAGAAACACCUGUUCUAAAUGAUGAAUGGAGUUCUGGUACCUGAGUUGCUAUGGUUUCUUCUAGUUCAUUUUUUGUUCUGGUAGCAUACAGAUUCAAAAUGAGAUAAGGGAUGAAAUUAUUUUCUACUAAGUUUUAUCAAAAAUUUGAAACAUAGUUAUAUAAUAGAAGUGACCCCAUGUGUGGCUGCUCUAUCCUGGUCAUGAUCUUUCCAUAAAUAUAGCUUUUAUUUCAUUGGUCUAUUGGGUGAAAUUCUUAAUUUAGUUUUUUCUAGAGACGUAUCUACCAAAAUCUCUUAACAAUUUCCAGUUUUCUUUCUCGAACUUCUUCUCUCCAGAUGUCUGCCAGUUACCUUCAAUUUAAAUUUGAAUUGAGGCUAACUUGUUAUAAAUUAAAUUCUAUAAUGGCCAAAAAAAGUCUCUAAAUAAUAACUAUUUCCAAUUUUGAAGCAAUUAAUAUGACAAAAUUAGAACAUAAUGAAAGUCAUUGGAUUGACUCUUAGCAGUCAAAAUAGCUUUUGACUAGUAGUUAUUUUUCUGCAAGCUUGUAACCAUUAUUAAUUAUCUCCUGCAUUGAAGCCAUAUUAUGAUAUAAAUGGGAAAAAGUUUAGUUCCCCCAAAUAAAGGAAAAUUACUUUUUAAGGGGUUGAAACAGAGUUUGAAGUAAAUGAGUUAAUAUUUUAAGUAAUAAAAAUUUACAUGAAAUAGUUGGAAAAUUGAGUGACUAUGUCACAAUUGGUUAGGUACUAAAGUCUGUAUAAUUACUAUAUAAACCUUUUAUAAAUCUCCUGAUUUAAAAUGACAUUAAUGAGAAGAGAAAUUGUAUUUAUAUUAAUAAUGCCAUUUUCUAAACCAUGCAUCUUUCUUUUCCUCUCUCUUUAUCUUGCAACCACCCUACCACCCCCAUUCCUACAUAUUGAGACACACACACAGUUAGUUGAAAAUAAAAUUUUUUUUUCAAUAACUGUUCUGUUGAAUUCAUAUUCAGGGGCUGCUGAUAUAGUAUUAUCAAAGUAUUUUGUUGUAACCUGUGUAAAUAAUAUACCAUUUACAGGAUUUGGAGUUGUAGAAUUUAAACUGGAAGAUUGGACUCUCUAGAUCUCAGGACUGUAAUAUUCCCAAUCAAUUCUGACACUCACCUAACUAUAUAUUAACUGAUGAUCAUUUAUUCAUUAAGCUAGGAUUUUUUUUACCUUAACAUUUCAGAAGGAAAAAACCUUUUUUCCCGUUUAUUAUUUUCAUAGGCAAAAUAAUCAUAUGUGUAUAAUGCUAUUAUCAAUCUGGCUUACAAAGAUUUUUUUAUAUAUAAUUACAUUAUUCACUUUAGUCUUACUUUUCUCUGUGCUAACAAGUAAGUAAUGUCUGGAUAUCGACUUAGUUGAAUCAAGGUUGGGUCAAAAAAUAGUUCUGCACACCUUAUGUGUAAGAUUAAAUAUGAGAUUAAAUAAGAUAUCUUGGAUAAGUCUGACUUCUCUGUAUAUCUUUUUCCCUUGGGAAUUGUAUUUUAAUGUAGUUAUAGUGCUUACAUGAUCCCCUUUUCCCAAAAAUCAAGCCUUCCCUUCAGCUUUCCACAAUAGUUUCUGUAAAUGUUCUAGUUGAGAACUGAAUGCUUGUACAGUUGAUGGCAAUUUAAAAAAUAUAUAUUAUAUAUGUAUAUGGAAAAACUUUAAAGAUGCUUUUAAUUUAUUUAAUGACUGUUGCCUUCCUAUCUAUAAUGGUAAUAAUUUUCAUAUUUAGAUGGUAAGAAAAAGUUCUUUUUACAACAGUUACUACAGGCAGAAUGACAACUGGUUCUCUAGUACAGUUACUAAAGGAGCGUACUGCAGUGAAACUGUGAAGGACGCUUCACUACUGAUGUAUAAGCUUUGCGGGCUUUGUAUCACUUUCCUCCAGUAAUGGAGAGCUUUCCUCUAUACAGUAUGGAAAUAAAAUUGCUUAAUUGAACACUU